AUGUCUUCUGUCUCUUAUUGUGAUACUUCUUUUUCUCUAUUUGAAGUACCACUACGAGCACCUGCUAUUGACAUUCAUCCAAAUGCAACAUGGAUACAAAAUGGUCUCACUGUAGCUGGAGGAAAUGGAGAAGGUAGUGGGCUCAAUCAACUUGUUAUCCCAUGCGGUUUAUAUGUGGAUGAUGAUCAAACAAUUUAUGUCACUGAUACAGACAAUCAUCGUAUUGUAGAAUGGAGAUAUGGUGCAACGAGUGGUCAAGUAGUUGCUGGUAGAAAUGGACCAGGAAAUGGAACCAAUCAGUUAAAUGUACCAUACGAUGUGAUUAUCGACAAAGAGAGAAAUAGUCUUAUCAUCUCCGAUAAUCAAAAUAAAAGAGUAGUACAAUGGCCUCGUCGAAAUGGUACUAGUGGAGAAACAAUCAUCUCAAACAUCGAUUGCAUGGGUUUGACAAUGGAUGAGAAUGGAUUUCUCUAUGUCGUUGACUGGGGAAAACAUGAAGUGAGACGAUAUAAAAUUGGUGAUACUAAAGGAACGGUGGUUGCAGGUGGCAAUGGAGAAGGAAAUCGUCUCGAUCAACUCGAGCGCCCCUACUACGUAUUUGUCGACCGAAAUCGUUCAGUAUACGUGUCUGAUGAGGGAAAUCAUCGUGUGAUGAAAUGGGAAGAAGGUGCAAAACAAGGUAUUGUUGUAGCUGGUGGUCAAGGUGAAGGAGAUAAUCUUACACAAUUUUAUUAUCCUCAAGGAGUUGUUGUCGAUCAAUUGGGCACUGUCUAUGUGGCUGAUCGUAAUAAUGACCGAAUAAUGCGUUGGCCAAAAGGAACUACACAGGGAAGUGUGAUUGCUGGUGGAAACGGUCGAGGGGAAGAGUCGAAUCAAUUUAAUUCUCCCUUUGGUUUAUCAUUCGAUCGACAUGGUGAUCUCUAUGUCGUCGAUCAAGGUAAUUAUCGAGUACAAAAAUUUAAAAUCGAACAGACAGCAAAUUAA